UGAUAGUGUGAUCUGAUUAUGCGCUCCUUUAUCGAGUCAUACACCGUUCGUCCUGCCCUGGGAGCUACGGCCUACGACGCAAAACCCGGGCUUAGACAGUCAUCAUAUUAUCAUUCCUUUGUGUCAGACGCGCGGUCCCAGACCCCAGUUACUCACGGUGACCCUUCGCUACUGUUAUUUAUUACUCGUUUAGUCGUCCGUUUGCGUUCGGUUUGACAAUUCACACUAACAAGACAACUCCGCUACACGGUUACGAUGACCGUUUUGACGUUCCCGCCGGUUGGUGGCAAGUCGGACAAGGCGCCGUUGAUCGGUGACGCAGAAGUCCGCCCGGGUCAGACUCAGCCACCGCCGCCGUAUAACCCUAAGUUCUUGGAGACCGGCGAUGGUGGUGUGGCGAACACAAACAACAACGACGACGGUAGCGGUGGGCCGGUCAAGAUAUGUGACCAUCGUUCGCCCGACUACAGACGAUUGAUCGAAAAGAUAUGCAGGUUCACUGUGUUGUUGCUGGGGGUCUUAUUGAUCCUCUAUUUCGGCUUCGAUACGCUAUGCAAGUCUUACAUUCAGGAAAUACAACAUAGGCAACUACAGGAGGCCGAGGACGACGCCUCCGUGCCUUGCAAGUCUUACUCGUCUUAUGCAGCCGCUGAGAGCGAUAUGCUGUCAUUGCCAUCGUCUCCAGAGCCAGAAGCUAAAGACUUGGUUAUUUCUUUAGUUAUCAACCCGGUCGAAGCAAACGUUAACAAGGUACCGCACAUCGUCAUCAAUAAAUCAGCUCGUUACUUGCACGACUUCAGCGUCAACAUUACUGGCAUCAUCGACUUUGAAAACCAACGUUGUUAUGUUAUGCCGUUGCUUCGCAGUACUGUUGAGCCGCCCGGGUCUCUGUACGAUAUGUUGAUCAAAAUGUCAACAGGAUACUAUUCUUUGGAUAUGGACAAAAUCCUUAGUAACUUUCAAAUGAUUAAACCAGCUAUCAACGAUCUCUCUGACUACGGCUUGUACAUUUCUAAAGAUUGUGCUGACUAUCAAACUUUCAAACUGCAAAGUGUCGUAAUAACCGAACCACCAAAUGUUGCUGAUUGAUUUGAUUACAUAUUCAUCAAAGGCUUUUUAACAACGAAAUAUAACAUCUAAUAUGAUAAAAUACUUAAAUACUCUUCUUUUACAUUUAUAAUAAACAGUUGUGUGCGUUGGUUAUUCAGCUGUGGACCAUUAAUUUUGUUACCAAUUUUGACUAAGUUCCUUAGCAGUAUUGUUCCUAUUAUUUUGUUUUUUCAAUCUUCAGAUGUUGAUAGUGCAUCACUAUUAAUGUAAUCGUAUGAUUUGUUUUUUUUUUUUUUGUACACAAUCUCGGCUACCAAGAUUUGGUUAUUUUGUUUA